AUGGCAACGGAAUUGCCCCAGGACUACCAGUACGCGAGCGAAUCGCUAGACCAGUUUGCAACAUAUGAGGAUUACUUGGACUCCCAGUUGAGUGAGACCGACCUGUUCUAUCUCGAGGACGAGGAGCUUGCUCGACAGCUUGUGGAGUUGGGUUAUCGAGGAAGUGGCGAGACUCUCCGGAGAGACGAUUUCGAGGCGAGGAAGAAGGCCGAACGAGAGCGCAAUGCACACAAAACGAGUGCUCCCAAGCCGCUGGCGAGUGCUGGCAAAGAUCUGUCGCAGUACCCGUUCCUGGCAGCUUUGGCCAGUCGAGAAGAUCUUGUUCGCAAUGGCAAACUGACGUGUAUAAUUUUCAUUCGAGACAAGAAUGCCAAGGGCCAGGAGAUCAGUGGAUACAUCGACUAUGCGCUGCGUCUGAAGAACGAGCCGUUCGAGCCAUACUUUGAACGUAAGAAGAAGCUACUGCCAAAAUCCUCGGAUCUGAGUUACUACAAUUGGGAGACGCAAACAUCCACUUCCAACUCGACACCAAACUUUCAAGUGAUCGCCGAUAGCGAGACCGGCCUGCUAUUCAAGAACAAGCGCGACAGGAAGGUCGUUAAUGUUGAUCCAAAAGCGAAUCCAGGUGACAACUCGACACGAACGGAAAUCAAGACAAAAGAGUAUCUACAAGUGGUACUGUAUGACCACAUGACUCGCCGCAAGACCUAA